CUGACUUCCUUGUCACAUAAAUUGACGACUACUUGUAAACCAAAAUUUUGAAUAAUACUACCAGUGACAAGAUAUUAAAAUUUCUGCAUUUAAGCAUUUGAUAUAAGUGAUAUAUUUUGAAGCAGAAUGACUUGUAUCCUAUUUUCUGGUAACUUCGUUUGCUACGUUGGAGUCCUAACUGUUGGUCUUGGUUUGAGGGUUGUAUCUAGUGAUUAUGUUAACGUCGCCCUCAACAAGCAAACCCAUCAGGAGAAUCCAGCAGUAGUGUGGGACGCCAGGUUUGAAUCUAGUAACGCUGUAGAUGGACUCAAAUCAAACCAUUCAUGGGACGAGGGGCAGUGUGUUGUAUCAGCGUACGGCAAACAGACCGCCACCUGGUGGGUGAACCGGUCCAGCAUCCACAGUAUUCAUCAUAUUACCAUCUAUUUUCGGACAGGCAAUGAAAAACUGGGUUUUGCAAAGCCUCUCACCAUCACAGUGUCGCCUAAAAAUUUAAGGCUGAAGGAAGGUGAGCCAGCAGUGUUCAGAUGUACGUCCAGUGUACCCGUGCCACUGCGAUGGAGUACAAGCAGCAAUAAAUCUCUACCUGUGCAAGCCUCUGUUGGGGACAACUAUCUUGCAAUUCCAGAAACGCGGGUUUCGGACUCAGGAUCUUACAAAUGUUUUGUUGUUGGUGAAGAAUCAAGGUUUUUUACGGUUGCCAGGUUAGAUAUUUGGUCAGAAUGUGAAGCAGACCAAAUGACAUGUUCCAAUGGAAAGUGUGUACCAAUCAGCUACAUCUGUGACGGAGAUAACGACUGUAGGGACAUGUCCGACGAACAAAAUUGUCCAAGCCGCACAUGUGCAGGAGAUGAAAUGACAUGUUCCAAUAGAAAGUGUGUACCAAUCAGAUACAUAUGUGACGGAGAUAAUGAUUGUGGGGACAUGUCCGAUGAACAAAAUUGUCCAGGCAACACGUGUGGACCAGACCAAAUGACCUGUUCCAAUGGAAAGUGUGUACCAAUCAGCUACAUCUGUGACGGAGAUAACGACUGUGGCGACUUCUCCGACGAGAGAAACUGUGAAACCAUAUCGUACAUGCCAUCCAACUUUCUUGGUUUUUCGGUGUAUGUCUCAAACACAACAGAUAGGUCACAGGGAACCUUGUGUUUCAAGGACAACAAUUUUACCACAAGUAGCCUGCCUGCAGUGUUCACUAUCAACUGUUCCGUCCACGGACAGUACGUCAUCUACUACAACGAGAGACUCCCUGGGACUGCAUACCCUGACGACUAUUCUAUGUACGCCUUUAAUGACGUAUGUGAAGUGGAGGUAUACGGAUGCGAACAAACAGGACCUAACUGUUCACGUUUUGACGACGGUAGUUGUCGUAGUUGUGAUACAAAGAGGGGCGUCUGUGAGGAAUGUGAAUCUGGAUAUGAUGGUCAACAGCACGCGAGGGAAUCACUAAAAGAAGACAGUGUGAAUCACUGGCAGACUAUGUUCUACUGUAUGCUGGGUGUUUUUUGCGUUUCGCUAAUCAUCAAUGGAAUGCUUAUUAAGUGUGUGCAUUCACGAGGAAGACGGUUGAAGAAACAGAGAACAAAUGACCAGGCACAAUGGAGAAAUGGCGAGCUUCUUAAUGUCUCGCACAACUGUAAUGAAUAUGAAAAUCUUCAACAAACUCCUGUUGAAAUAUACGAUACUGUCGUAUAGUUGAUAUAUGUAGAUGGUCACGCUGCUGUGCAUUGUAUUUCAGUGAUUUGGUUAUUUAUCACUUUUGUGUUUCUUAGUUUUAGGCAAAAGCUCAGUCCAGCAAAAUUAUCCAAAACAAUU